CAAGCCUAAGAAGCGCAACAAUGUCGGAAACUAAAGUAGCAGCGAGUGCGACCGAGUCCACGGCAGCAGCUCCCGCGAGUCCGAAAAAGUCCGCCUCGGCGAAAGCGAAGAAGCCGAGAGCGAAGCCUACGCAUCCGCGUACCUCGGAGAUGGUGGUCGCAGCCAUCCGUGCCCUCAAAGAGCGCGGAGGCUCGUCCUUCCAAGCCAUCAAGAAGUACAUCGCGACGACGUAUAAAGUUGACGCGGAGAAGCACUCGCCCUUCAUUAAGAAGUACCUCAAGUCGGCUGUAGCGUCGAAGGAGCUCGUCCAGGUCAAGGGAAAGGGUGCCUCCGGCUCCUUCAAGCUCUCGGCAGCUAAAGCCGAAGGCAAGGCCAAGAAGAAGCCAAGCGCCAGUGUUAAGAAGGUCGUCGCCCCGAAAAAACGCUCGCCGUCGAAGAAGCCCGUGGCACCCAAGAAGGCGGCUACCCCGAAGAAGGCCACCGCGAAGAAACCCGCGGCCGCAAAGAAGCCGACUGUUGAGAAAAAGAAGAGCGUGAAGGCCCUGACGACGAAGAAGCCGAAGCCCGCCGCUGUGAAAAAGCCGGCCAAACCCAAAGCCGCGGCCCCCAAGAAGGCCAAAGCCCCCGCUGCCAAGAAACCCAAAGCCGCGAAGCCGAAAAAACCCGCGGCGAAAAAGGCCCCGGCCAAGAAGAAGUGAGGCCCCAUUGACGAGCGACGGAGAUGCUCUGAGCAGCGGUGAGUGGACCGGGAGGAGACACGGCGGGUACGAAGCGGCACCUGGUGAGCAGUUGCCGCGGGCACGCGCCGAACCUGGCCAGCGAGCAGCAG